AUGAUUGAGGCACCGGUUCUGCUCGCUGCCCCGCGGGCACCGGGGGAGAACGACCGGCUAGCCGGUGCAGCCGGUGCAGCCGUGUGCUCUCGUCGGACGUUGGGUUUGCCCAAGUGGUUCUUGUCGGAGGCGCAGCUCCCGGAGUUCAACUGCGAGUCACCGCUGCGGCCGCUGCGGCCCGUGCGAGGCUUGCAGGGUUUGCUGCUGGAGGGCAUCUCAGAGGAGCGAACGAUCGAGGUGCCGUCGCCCUUUUUGGAGACUUUUGCCCGAACUUGUGCUGCCGGUGGUAUGGAGAAGGAGCUGGCGGAGGUGGGCAUCAAGAAAGAAGCCUUGGCUGCUAGCGCUGGUGCGCUGCGCUUCGUGGAGCUCAGGUUCCCGACAGUGCUUCAGGCACGGCAGAGAGCACUAAUCCUCUACUUCUGCACCUUCAACUUCGAGACGCACAUGGCUGUGCCCUUGCUUGUCAGGCAUCAGCUCUACGAUGCCGAUACGACCUACGGCAUCCUGCAGCUUUGGGACCUCUACGGCUUGGACUGGCCUCGCGCCAGCAAGGCUGGGAUCUUCCUCUUGAGGGCCCUCGAUGUGAAGCCUUCCGAGGCCGUGGCCGUGAACGGCAGCAAGCAGAGAAAGGCGGCGGAGUUUCGUGCAGACUGGCAAUCUGCCGAGGAAGAUCAUCGCCGGGCCGGCCUCGCGCAGCUCCACGCGGAGAGAGAACUCCAGAGGCUGGAGCGGCUCAACAAGAAGAAGAGGAAUGCUGACGUUGAGGAAAUCAUGCAGCAGCUGUCUAUUGUGCCACAGCAAGAGCUGCUUGAUGCCCUCCAAUCCGGAAAGUUGCCGAGCGGCGUGGAUUCUCAACUCGUGGAGGCAUGGAUCUUAGGAAACCGGCUGAACUUCUCGGGCCGAGCGGUAGACAAGAAGCAGCUUGCCAAGCAUGCGGCCACGGAGAAGCUCGCGAUCCGAAGGCUGCUGGCUGCAAGGGAGGAGCAGACCGCCAGAAGCCUUGGCUCUGACCGAGGGGCGGACAAGGAGCCACGCGAGUGGGAGGCACGGCUCAUGGAUUUCUACAGCCGCGCCAACGCAGCUCGCGUGGCAGAGGAGGCCCAGUGUCUUGCAGCUCGGAGGUGGCAAGGAGAUGUCAGGCAAAUCUCCGCACAAAGACCAUCCCUUCCGCCGCCAAGCGAACUUGCCUCUGCGAGGUCGGAACCGGAACCACGGGAACCGCUGGAACCGGGUUAUUCGGCGGAGCAAGCAGCAGAGGUGUGCAGUCAGCGACGUCGUCUUCACGUCGACAUUGCGCUGCAGAGGAGCUUCCGGUGCCGCCACCUUCUGGCCCGUCGGACUCUGGCUAUACUCAGCAGAAGGCCGCAGCUGAAGCUGACUGGAGCCGAGCAGCUGUUGGGCUCUGUAAGGGCUCCGGAGCCGGGCUCUCUUUAUCACGUCAGCGACAGCGUCGGCGUUGCGGUGUUUGCCCUUGUUUGGUUCUCCGAGCCAGGCCUCGAAAGCUGCUCGCCAGGAAAUGCGUCAAAUGGCUGCCACCUUCUCCACUCGAAGGCUGCGUCUGCGGGCGUCUGGCACCCCCAACGGAGUAAAGUUCUUAGAUGCGUCCAGGUGCUUUCUGCAGAGGAGACCCGCGCAGACAUCUGCACUUGA